GUCACACUGGGAUUUGGGAUGGCAGCUUCAAUUCCUGCUCUGCGCUGGCCUGGGGGUAGGGGCAAGGGCAGCAGCUGGAGCAGGCAGCUGGCACACUGUGCCCCUUCCACCCCACCCUCUAUGCCCAGUCCUGCACCCUCCUCUACCCAUCCCUUCUCCCAUGCCCUGUCCUGACCUGAGCCAUCCCCUCCUCCAUCUUUCAUCCACUUAAAAAACAGACACGGAUUGCCUGCUUACUGUGUCCUAGUCCUCACUCAACAGCUGAAAACAGUUCAGUGACCUGGAGCACCUCAACUGUGAAACCCGUAUGAAACGGGAAGCAUGAGACCCACCCGUCUGCUUUCUGCAGCGCAGUGCCCCUUGGUACAGGCCCUUCUCCUCCUGGGGCUGAACCCCGUCUCUGCCUUCCUCCAGGACCAGCACUGCGAGAACCUGUCCCCGGCCAGCAACGUCUCUGGACUGCAGUGCAAUGCAUCCGUGGACCUCAUUGGCACCUGCUGGCCCCAGAGCCCCGCGGGGCAGCUGGUGGUUCGACCCUGCCCUGCCUAUUUCUACGGUGUCCGCUACAACACCACAAACAACGGUUACAGAGAGUGCCUGGCCAACGGCAGCUGGGCCGCCCGUGUGAACUACUCAGAGUGCCAGGAGAUCCUCAGCGAGGAGAAGAAGAACAAGGUGCACUACCAUGUCGCUAUCAUCAUCAACUACCUGGGCCACUGCGUCUCCCUGGUGGCUCUCCUGGUGGCCUUUGUCCUCUUUCUGCGGCUCAGGAGCAUCCGCUGCCUCAGAAACAUCAUCCAUUGGAACCUCAUCUCGGCUUUCAUCCUGCGCAAUGCCACGUGGUUCGUGGUCCAGCUCACCAUGAGCCCCGAAGUCCACCAGAGCAACAUGGGCUGGUGCAGGUUGGUGACAGCCGCCUACAACUACUUCCAUGUGACCAACUUCUUCUGGAUGUUUGGGGAGGGCUGCUACCUGCACACAGCCAUCGUGCUCACGUACUCCACAGACCGGCUGCGCAAGUGGAUGUUCAUCCUCAUUGGCUGGGGUGUGCCUUUCCCCAUCAUCGUGGCCUGGGCCAUUGGGAAGCUGUACUACGACAAUGAGAAGUGCUGGUUUGGCAAAAGGCCUGGGGUUUACACCGACUACAUCUACCAGGGCCCCAUGAUCUUGGUCCUGCUGAUCAAUUUUAUCUUCCUUUUCAACAUCGUCCGCAUCCUCAUGACCAAACUUCGGGCAUCCACCACGUCGGAGACCAUUCAGUACAGGAAGGCUGUGAAGGCCACUCUGGUACUGCUCCCCCUCCUGGGCAUCACCUACAUGCUGUUCUUUGUCAACCCCGGGGAGGACGAGGUCUCCCGGGUCGUCUUCAUCUACUUCAACUCCUUCCUGGAAUCCUUCCAGGGUUUCUUCGUGUCUGUGUUCUACUGUUUCCUCAACAGUGAGGUCCGCUCUGCCAUCCGGAAGAGGUGGCACCGAUGGCAGGACAAGCACUCGAUCCGCGCCCGGGUGGCCCGCGCCAUGUCCAUCCCCACCUCCCCAACCCGUGUCAGCUUUCACAGCAUCAAGCAGUCCACGGGGGUCUGAGCUGGAAGGCCGUGUCUGGAGGGGACCAGCUCCCCCCCCCCCAUACUGGCCCUGAGACCUGGGAGGCCCCUCCCUGACCCCCAGCUGAGCAGGAGUUCUGGCCUCUGAGAGCAGCCACAGUCUGGGCCAGGGGGCGAUUGGAAAAUAAGCUAUAGGACUCGGCUGGGCCCAGGGCCUCUGGCUCCCCCUGGCCCCCAGUCCUCCCUGGCGAGUGGAGUGAGAAUGGGGAGCCAGGCCAUCCAAAGCAGCACAGGGGUCUCUCCAAGAGGUGUCCUCCCAGAGCACAAGGUGGCCAAUGCACUGUGGGGGUAUUCGCUGCCCCAGGGGCAUCAUGGGAAACUCUUGGAACAGCAUCCCAACCACGGAGAUAAUGCCUCCGGGCCUUAGCAAUGCCUUCCAACAACGCUGGGAGCCAAGGCUUGCUGUCAGAGCCCUGGAGACGUUAGAAAUCGGUGGCAUCAUCAGACAUCAGGCUACGUGACCAGAAAUCCUCCCACGCCACCAGAACGUCAUCUGGCCCUGUGGCGCUGCCACCAGAAAUGCCCUGCCUUGCUGCACCCUUGGACUUUUACUGCCCUGCCAGCCACACAAGCUCCCUCUCCCUAACCUCCUGCCCCAGUUGUCUCCACCUUUGUGAGAAGAUGGGGGCUGGGGUGUGCCCCAGCCAAAGCCAGUCUCCCUGUGAAGGGGCAGAGAAUGCAGAGGACCAUCCAGCCUGCUGACUGAAGUGACCUGGCCUCUGGGCAGCCCCUCUGCUGGUCACAGAGAGCUUGUUGCCCCUGGAUGUCCUCUGGGGCAGCACUGUUAGCUACGCAAAGAUAGGAGAAAGGGCAGGACCCUCAGGCCCCAGCGCCUGGAGCAGCACAAGUGGCCGUUGGGUCAGCUGAUCACAUCCACCCCAGGCAUAGACUGGCUCAGCCCUCACUGGACAGCCAGGGCUUUGGGGGUGCAGGGCUGGGAGAUGGGGGUGGCUGAUGUAAGUAAUAAUAUUUAUCUUUUCAACCAGCAUCUGUGAAGUUCUGCACUGUGCCGGAGCUGGGUGGAAAGGGUCUGCAGAGAAAUGGAGGCCACUUUGAGGGUUCAGGGCCUCUGUGUGUCUGGGGAACACACACACCCAUCAAGGAUGGGGUGCUAGUGCAGCCCAGGCCACCAGAAGCCUCUGGGAGUCUCUCUGCAUCCACCCAGAUACUGCCCAGUCCGGCGAGGAUGCCACUGGCCUCAGGAUCAUCUCAUCCAGCCCUGACUUCAAACCCAACAGCCCACCCUUGGUCCAAAUGAAGGGGGUGCAUUCUGCAUUUCACCAACAACGACACUGUCAUUCAUUGAGUGCUCACUGGGCACCAAGCGCCGCUGAGCCCCUCACUUGUUGACCUCAUCUACUCUUCACACCACCCUUUGAGGCAGGUGCUAUUAUCCCCACUUAACAGAUGGGGAAAGUGAGGCCCAGAGAGGUUAAGAGAGCUGCCCAAGAGCACCCAGCAGUGGCAUGGCUGGAUGUGAACCCCAGCUGGCCUCCCUUAACCUGCACUGUGUCCAACCCCUAUGCAGCAGGAGUUCUUUGUAGCGCACCCCUCCCUGCCCUGCUGCCCCCUCCAAUGCCCGCCCUCGGGAAAUUCUUUGGUUUUCCCAGUUUGUGGACAAACAGAUACGAAGCUGGAUGUAGGAGUUGGUGUCUGCAAAGCAUGAGCCUUGGGUGGAUCCCAGCCCAGCCUCCAGAGAGACCACAGGCUGCCCGCCUCCCAGCAUAACCCAGUCCUCCUCCAUCUCUAAACAUUGCCUCCCAGACCCUACCCUCUGCAUCCCACCAAGCCCUGCAGCUUGGGGGCAAGAGAUGUCUGGGCCGUGCAUUAUCUUUCAAAGCUCUCAGUACGUUGGAAACACCACCAAGAUCACCAUUUGGAGAUGACUCUAGAGACCUCCAGAACUGCAACAAGCCUGUCUUGCGCCCAGUGCCCCUGGAAGGGACUGCAGCUGGCAUCACUGUUCUCUUUUAAUUGUGGCAAAAUACACAUAACACAGAACUUGCCAUCUCGACCGUGUGCUAAUGCACAGUUCAGUGCCACUAGUGCACUCACUACCACCCACUUCCAGAACCUGUUUGUCUCCUCAUGGAAACACCAUACCUUAAGCACUCACUCCCAUUCCUCAUUCCCCCAGCCUCUGGCCACCACAAACCUGCUUUCUGUCCCUGCAGAUUUGCCUGUUUUUGAUAUUUCAUAAAAGUGGAAUCAUACA